AUGACGGGCGGCCGUUUCGACUUUGACGAUGGUGGCACCUACUGCGGAGGCUGGGAGGACGGCAAAGCUCACGGCCACGGUGUGUGCACCGGACCCAAGGGCCAGGGCGAAUAUUCGGGCUCCUGGUCCAACGGCUUCGAGGUGGUCGGCGUGUACACCUGGCCCAGCGGCAACCUCUAUAAAGGCUACUGGGCGCAAGGGAAACGCCACGGGCUCGGCGUGGAAACCAAGGGCAAGUGGAUUUAUCGGGGAGAGUGGACGCACGGCUUCAAGGGGCGCUACGGAGUAAGGCAGAGCCUCAACACGGCAGCCAGGUACGAGGGCACCUGGAGUAACGGGCUGCAGGACGGAUAUGGCGUCGAAACAUACUCUGAUGGAGGUACAUACCAGGGUCAGUGGACGGGCGGGAUGCGCCACGGCUACGGCGUCCGCCAGAGCGUCCCCUAUGGCAUGGCGUCGGUCAUCCGCUCGCCUCUCCGGACCUCGCUGGCUUCCCUGCGUAGCGAGCAGAGCAACGGCACGGUUUUGCGAGACAGUCUGUCCGACAGCCCCGCCGGCACCCGCGGCGGCUUCGUGCUCAACUUCCACUCGGACGGUGAAGGUAGCGAGAAAAAGAAGGGUCUCUUCCGCCGCGGAUCCCUAUUCGGCAGCCUGCAACGAUUGCGCAAAUCCGAUUCGCGCUCGUCCAUCUCCAGUAAGCGCAGCUCGGCACGUAGCGAAACCACCAUGAGUCGUAUCAGUUCCAGUGACGCUAAUUCCACCAUCAGCUUUGGCGACGGAGACCCGGCCGACGACUACUUGACUCUAGAGGACAAUGUAGACGCCACCACUACCGAGUCCUACAUGGGCGAGUGGAAGAACGACAAACGCAACGGCUUCGGCGUCUCCGAGCGUUCCAACGGCAUGAAGUACGAAGGGGAAUGGUUAAACAAUAAACGCAACGGUUACGGCUGCACCGUCUUUCCCAACGGCACCAAAGAAGAAGGGAAGUACAAAAAUAACGUGUUGGCCAAAGGUAUCAGGAAGCAGCUAAUCCCGCUUAAGAACACCAAGACCAAGCAGAAGGUGGAUCGAGCCAUCGAAGGAGCGGUGAGAGCCGCGGCCAUUGCCAGAACCAAAGUGGAGAUCGCCGUCUCCAGGACAUCUCACACAAGGGCCAAAGCAGAGGCAGCAGAUCAAGCUGCGCAGUCGGCUAGCCAAGACUCCGAUAUUGCAAGGGCUGUGGCCAGAGAACUCUCCCCCAGUUUCCAUCAGCCAGGCCCAGACUACGUACGGCAGAAAUACAACGAACCAGUGGAAGUGAAGGAUGUCCAAGAGGAGAAUAAAGUGGAGAAAAGUCCAUCGAGUAGCCCUCAUUUCUACCGGAAAGGCACCACCCCGACGCAAUCUCCGUCUCAGAGCCCGGGCCCCAGCCCCACUCCCUCACCGACACUCGUGAAGAAGAGUAUCUUCAGCAGUAAAGCAUCUGCCAACGUCAGUCAAGCAAAGCCUCCUGGGAAAGUCAACAAAACCCCGACAGCUGAGCCUUUAACCCAAGGAAUAACAAAGGCAGCAUCAAAAGUCUCUCUCGGAAAAGAAGUGAGGCAACAGUCCGAACCUCCACCAGUGAAUAAACCAACCGUGCCAAACAGUAACUACCCUAACAACGGACAGAUUCACUCCCAAUACCACGGCUACUACGUCAAGGACGUCAAAAUGCCACCGCCUGACGAACCAAUCGACGUGGAAGACGAUUUUCACCCGUCGAGCCUGGCGCGCUUGCCGCCCCCCGCCAAACAAGUUUGGGCACCGGCGCAGAAGAUCUCGCCCGUCCCCAGUCCUUCUCCGGUCCCGACGAAAGAGAAAGCGCCGGAGUCGUCCAAGCCGAAAGCAACAGAAGCCAACAAACCAAAGAGUUUAGCGGAAACCAAAAAAGUCAGUGUGGAAAUUAGCCCGGAAAUUGUUGAAGAGGAGUCGGGUCCCAACUCUAUCUUGGUGGCUCUGGUGAUGCUACUAAAUGUUGGUCUAGCAAUUAUUUUUGUCCAUUUCCUGACUUGA